CCUGUAGGCGUUUGGUUUUCGAGAAAGUGUAGCUCGGGAAAAUUUUUCCAACGUCUUCUCGAGGAAAAAAUAGAAAAUAAAAAACCCUAAUCUCCCAAAUGAAGUGUGACAGUAGUCCUCAUUCCUCCUCUUAACGACGUCGUUGCAUCUCCCGGCGAUCAGAUGCAGUCGGAAUCGGCAAUCUGACCGGCGAGAGAACUCCACUCCUCCAGAGAUCGCUACUUCCUCUCUCCAUUGACCCAGGAGUUGGAAAUGGAUCAUUAUGACCUCCAUAGGCAGAGAAGGGAUUUGAAGCACAAAGGAAGGAACGUUGUUUGGUCACUUGCAAUGGAUAAGUGUUUAAUUGAUGCCCUUGCUGUUCAAGCUAGAAACGGAAACAAAAUUGACAAGUGCUUUAAUGAAAAUGCCUACACUGCUGCUUGUAUUGCUGUGAACUCUCGUUUUAACUUAAAUUUAAACAAUCAAAAAGUCAUUAAUCGUCUUAAGACCAUAAAGAAGAGGUAUAAGGCAAUGAAGGAUAUGCUUAGUCAAGAUGGUUUCAGGUGGAAUCCGAGUACAAAGAUGAUUGAGUGUGACAAUGAAGAGCUUUGGAAGAGAUACAUCGCAGCACACCCUGACGCAAGAGGGAUUCAAGGGAAGCAGAUAGAGAUGUAUGAUGAACUAAAAAUUGUAUGUGGAAAUUAUCAAGCCCCUAGUCGCUGGGCUAAGAUGAAGGAUGGAGGCCAUCCAAGUGACAUGAAGAAUUGUGAAGAUGAUUCUGCCUCAUUUCUUUCUCCAAGCUCCGAUGACCUAAGUGAGACAGAUGGAACAGAGUCAUAUAGUGGACCAGAUGAGUAUACCAAGAUGCCAGAUGGUAGUCAAGACCCCCCUCUGAUCCAGCCCCUUAGACAACUUCCAAAACGCCCUCGUGGCUCAGAAGCCCUUCAGGAUGCAAUGAUGGCUGUGGCAUCAAGCAUUCGUCGCUUGGCUGAUGCAAUGGAGCAAAGCAAAUACUCUAUUGAUGCCUCUGAACUACUACAGGCUGUGAUGGAAAUUGAUGGUUUGGAAGAGGCAAGGCAGAUGUAUGCAUUUGAGUAUUUGAAUGCUGACCCAGUCAAAGCUCGAGCUUUCAUGGCAUACAAUGCUCAAAUGAGAAAAUUAUACUUAUUUAGACAGUUCUGGUGGUGGAAGUAAAUGUCGACCCCAAUUGUGGGGCCUUUUGGUAUAUAGUUCUUAUUUUUACAAGAAGACUUGUAUGCUGGGUGUUUACACAUACUAAUCACCUGUGGUCUGUGUUUUGGGAGGUGUCUGUAUAGAUAUUAGAUAUCCGCAUGAUCAAUAGAAUUGUGGCUAGCAGCCAGGAUUUAGAGACAUUUUCACCUUCUUGCUGCAUCUUUUGCAAGCUUAAGAUUGUAGUAGGAUCCAGACGAUUCCUUGAUUUCACCAUUUAUGUGAUCUUUUUUGUAAACUUGGAAUAGCUGGUGUACCAUCCCCUCCUCUUCUUUCAUCAUUCAAUUAUGUCAUGAAUUAAUUUUUUUCA